AUGAAGGAGAGCGAGUGGAACGUCCUUACUGCCAAAACGGCCAAGGUGAAGACUCUGGGACCGCCUCUGUCCGAUCCACACCGCCACCUUCAUUCCGCACCACAAUAUCGCCGGGGCUUCAAGGUGCAGCUCGUGGCUCACAAGAGUGUCAUGGACGCUUUUGCAAAGCGGCCGACGUCGGUAUUGUUCCCAAAUCUGCGAGAGCUCACAGGCGCCCUCCCAAAUCCAUUGUUUUCCGCUUUGUUGUCCCCCCAGCUUCGGCAUUUGGAUGUCACGCACGAGAACAUGGAGAUGUUCCUCGACAACGAGCGCUCGCUUCCGGUUCUCUGUCCAUUGGUCGAGUCGCUUCAUAUCUUGACGCUCAUGGAGGACGUCAGGAAACCCUUCCCCGCGCCCCGCUUUAUUCCGCAGUGGAGUUCCCUUCAUUCCCUGACCGGCGGUUUCUGCGUUGACUCAGCACUGUUGAACGACCUGAGAGGGCGCCCAAAGCUUGGCAAGUUAGAACUCUGUCUUCUUGACGGUCCUUAUCGCCCUAUGGCAGACACCGAAUGCCAGCUCCGAGAAGUUGAUUCGCUUGCGCUUGAUGCUGAUACUUAUGAGGAUGUGUCAGACGCUCUUGACCUUCUGUUCCGGCCGGAUAUGCAGCAACCUUCACUGGAAUCACUUCCAGUCGUACGGACGCUGCAAAUUCGAAGCAGUGUGCAAGAAUCUGCCCCAAUCUCAUUUCUGGCGUUGCCUCUGUCCCAACUCAUCUCUCAUUCUAACCUCCAGUCAUUCCAUAUUACCCACAAACGCGAACGCUCUGACGGCGACUAUCCUGCGUUGUUUGAGGGCCUCCGCUGUUUAUCUGUGUUCCACAACCUCACCUCAUUCAGCGUCGAGAUUGAAACCCUCUAUCCCACCGAAGACAAGCUCAUUGGUGCUCAGCUCAGCGAACUCGUUUCCCACUGGCCCCUUCUUGAGACCCUCCGCGUCAGCCGUCCGUGGGAUCUCAGCACGUUCCUCAACGCCCUUGACCUCGUCACAAUUCUGCGUGCAUGCCCGACUCUCAAAAACGUUCUCGUGAACGUUUUGGUCCAGCCAAACGACGUGUCGGUUUUGUCUGCAAUGUUGUCUGCAAUGCUCGACGAGACCGAGCGCUUCGAAAACUUGGUGUGCUUGUGCCUGGAACAUUCCACGGCACGGAAGAAGGACGUAGAGCCCGUAGCGCUCAUUCUGGCUAAUCAUGCUCCUCAUUUGGCUCACAUACACACGGAGGGCCGAGUUCAAUUGGAGUUUUGGGAAAAGGUAGCGAUCGCAGCUGCUUGCUACUCUCUUGGACUUCUGCUUCAGGCAUGCAUAGAUCACCAGGCCAGCACGAAGCACAAGGACCCGAUACACCUCACCGGACACUACCUGCAAGCGACGAGCGCGACGGAAUACGAGGUGCACGUCAAAGUCUUGAAGACUGGGAGAGGGUUUAGCAAUCUUCUGGCUGAGCUCAUCCAGCAGGGCUCCGUCAAGAUCACCGCACACGCCAUCUUUGGUGACCUCACUCCUGACCCUAACGCCCCCGUCCGACUUGCGCUUGAGCCGCCCUCACCGUAUGCGCGCCGGCUUCCCUUGACUCUGCAUCCGUCCGAGCACGCGUUCGACACGAUGGGCCGCCCAUGGUCCUUCAAGUCGUGGGUGAGCUGGAGCCUCGACAAGGAUACCAUGCAGCGCAACGAGACGCCCGAACGCAACGCAUCCACGAACGCGGCGGGCGAGAAGCUCGGCGGAGGCGGCAUGAACUGGGCGGCCUGGUGCCAGCUCAGGCACGGUGAGGACAGGGUCGUGACGUCGUCGAUGCCGUUCUUUGGGGACAUGUUCACGAACUUACCCAACUUGCUGCCCAAGAGCGAACCGGCGGCGCAGGGUGAACUGUCGAGCUGGUACCCUACGAUGGUCAUGAGCGUCGAAUUCAAAGCUCGUCUGCCCGCUAGAGACUCGAAAGACCACUCAGCGCGCACAGUCGGCCUGUUUUGCGAAACGCGCUUUCUCGGUGAUCCGCAGGGGCGACACAACCCGCGCGUCGAAGUCUGGACCGCUCCUUCCGACGUCGGCGAUACGUCAAGACCGCCCACAGAGGGUUGGCGCGACAAGCAGUACUGCAUCGCCGUCGCCGAGCAGAUGUGUCUCACGAUACCUUUCGCCGUCAACCAGAAGGAAGGAACGCGGGACAGGGCGAAGCUGUGA